UCAGCACAACGCCUUGGCUUAUUCCGGCAGAAAACGCGCAUCGAAGGCUAAUGUUGAAGGUGGGGCAGUUUGUCGACGCACAUGAUCGCAAAGACUGCCUUAUGAUUGUCUACUAUGCUGGCCAUGCCUACAUCAAUGAAGCUCGCCAGUCAACUUGGUCAUGCACACGUAGUAGAUCAUUCUCUACUUUGGAUUGGUCUGCCGUCCAGACCCUUUUCGAAUCUGCAACCUCCGAUGUCUUGCUUCUCCUGGAUUGUUGUGCUGCAGCAAGCUCAGCGCCAAAGGGCGGUAAGACAAUAACAGAGACAAUUGCAGCCUGCGGCUGGGAGAGCAUUGCAGCGGAACCAGGGCGGUUUUCGUUCACAUCCGCGCUUAUCGAAGUCCUUGAGGAAUAGAUCAAUCGAAAAUUCUUUGUUGCGAUGCUACAUAGCCAGAUUCUUUCGGUUCUUAAGCACGAACGUCCGGAGCGGCUAGGUGGGAACCGGCGCGUUGAAUGUCGAACUACUCCUGUAUAUAUUGUAACGACAGAAGACCCAAGUAUACCCAGCAUAGUGCUGAAUCGAAUACAAGUCGAUCGCACUGCGGUCCAAGCGGGUGCAUCGCAGAAGCGCGCAAGAUCACACGAUUCGGAUCCAGGCAUUACAGGGGAGAGAACUUCAAGAAGAAUUAAACGAGGAAAACACAGCAAGGGUAAAGAACGAGCUGGUUCUCAGGAUGAAGAGGUAGACACCAUGCCAAAGACCUCGAAAAUGGCUACUGAGCCAAAUGGUCCUGAACGGGUCCACGGUGAAGCGCGAUUACCCUCGCCUCCAAAAGAAUAUCAUAUCAACAAAGAAGCACUCUUUGGCAGGGAUUCUGAUGGGUUGCUCAAAAUCCCACACGUCUUGAUUUCGAUAGCCUUAGCAGAAAACCAGGUGUUAGAUGCCGACGCCUGCGCUGCUUGGCUUGCAUCAUUCCCUGCUUUGGCUGAGUAUGUCAAGGUGCGAAGCAUCUAUCGAAGUUAUUCGACGUUGAUAAUCAUUUCUGUACCUGUCAUUCUCUGGGAUUUGCUUCCAGAUGAUCUUGCUUGCAACUUCAUCGGCUAUGUUCGCUCAGGCGACAUACUCUCCGAAGAUAGUCUGAAAAUCCGAGAAGCCGAUACUCAAGAAACCGUAAGCGAUUCAGAAUUAGCGGCACUAGAGGCAACUAUUCCACCAACUAGCCCAAUAGAGAGCCAAGACAAGAGGCAUGCUCACGGAAAACUUCGAGGUCGACAUCAGUCGCAAUGAGCGUAGGCUCGAGGAGAAGCAUGUCUCCUGUGACUGGCAAUGCCUUACGGUUCCCCAGUCUUUCGUCCGGAGAUUUCCUUUUUGCACCUAGUGUUGGCAGCGAGAAUAAAGCUUUGUCUUGGCGGGGAUCGGCAGAGCCGCUAAUGCAAUCCUCUUCUCCACCGCCUGCUAAGAAGUCUCGCACAAACACUCCGUGGACUCCGGCAGAGGAGCAGAGACUCAGGACUAUGAGAGAUGUCGGCCAUAGCUGGGCUGAUAUAGC